UGACGGCUGUGCGGUGUGAUGCUGCCAUCUAGUGUCCGCUUUUCGGUACUGCACACAUGGAGCGGGAAGCUCCGGCGGGUCAGGCCCAGGCCGGGGUCUCUGGUGAUCCGGUGUCCGGGGAUGAAGACGAUGUACCGGACAGCUGUCUGGAUGUCAGCUCCAAUUCCUUUGACCCCCUGCUGGCCCUGUACUCCUCCCGCACCCCGCUCCCUUUCCCCGAAGUCCGAUGCUUCAACAACCUGGCCGAGUAUGAGAGCUUCCUGCAAGGGGGCGGCCGGGGACGGGGACGGGCACGGGCGGCGGGGACGAAGAAAACGGGCAAAAAGGGGAGGAAACCGGCGCCGGACCCCGACAGGGUGGAGAGGCUGAAGAAGCUGAUGGUGAUCAAGCCGGAGGAGGAGGACAGACCCCCUAGAAGGAGAAGGAAGCCCCCCAAAAACGUGCUGACCCGCAUGCCACUGCAUGAAUACGGUCCUCUGGGAAUGCUGUAUCGCUGUGUGCAGGAACGGUUAAAGGUCAACGUUCACAUCCGUACCUUUAAGGGACUGCGUGGCGUGUGCUCCGGAUUCGUUGUUGCAUUUGACAAAUUUUGGAACAUGGCCAUGGUCGAUGUAGAUGAGACCUAUAGGAAGCCUGUCUUUGGGAAAGCUUUCUACAAUGAGCCACAGUUGACGUUGACACGGCUUUUUGACAGGCUUAAGCUGCAGGAGUCUGAGUUACAAUCCUCUACAAAAACACAAAGUGCUGUAGAAAAGACACCCGGAAUUUCCCUUCCACAUCACAAAGCUCCAUACGGGCAGAGCAAAGACAGGAGAACCUCUGUCCAAGAUCCUAGCAGAUCUGCCCAAGGCAGGAGCACCGCUGUUCAGGAUCAAGGACAACCGGGAAUCUCUGGUGAUAAACCCAAACUGAGGACUAGAUGGCCGAAAGAGAAGAUUGAUUAUCAGAAGGUGUACAAGCGCCACAUAAAACAGCUUUUUGUUCGGGGAGAAAGCAUUGUACUGGUUCACUUACAAACAUGAGAACUCUAAGAACCCAAAGAUAAGACCAGCCACUCAUUGUAACCACCUUCACCCAGAUCCUCAGGGACAUGGAACGUGCCUGAACUAUUAUUAGGAGACAUGAGAUAUAGAGUGUGGAAAAAGACAUUUAUAGUUUGUGAUUAUUUGCCUCAAUUCAUAAUGUGAUUAUAUGCAAAUCACUUUUGAUACAUUUCCUCUGCCAAGCAGAAUAAAAUAUAUUACACAGGACUGUUUUAACACAGCUGUGGGAUCCGUAGGAGAAAUGAAUGGGCCUGAUUGCUGAGAAUUAUUAUUAUUUUU